GAAUGUGAGUAGUUCUCCUACUUACAAAUCUUUAUACAAUUUAUUUUGAUCAUUAUCUAUUUCUUCAAUUUUCUUUUUUUUAACAUUAUUCGAUUAAGUAUUCCUACGUUGCUACGUUUUUACGUAAACAUACCAAGCUCUAAUUGCUAUAUACUUUCAUUAGAAACUUCAUAUAUAAUUUUUUUCUUUUUAUUUUUUUUUAUUUUUCCAUUAAUAUAAUUGAAUAUAUGGCAUCGAAGAAAAUUUUGGUUAGAUUUACAAAUUAAUGAAAACAAUUUCUUUCGUAAAUUGAGAUAUGUUUAGAUAUCGAAAUAUAUUGAUGAAGGAAAAAACUGAUUUAAAAAGUUUUAUUGUAUAUGACUCUUUCCGUUGUUUAUUAAUACAAUAUUCACUUUCACGCGAUAAUAAUAUUCUACAUUAAUGUUAAUUUUAAUAAGAAAUCCAAGUUGAUCUGAAACUUUCUUACUUUUCUUGUCAUUAUUCUUCAUUGUCUGUGUCAAAAAUUUAAUUUAUAAAGGUGUUGGUUUCUUCUUGUGUGUGUUUACUAUCCUGUUAAGUAAUAACCUAAAAAUCAGUUCUGGUAAUUAAUAUCAAAGAUGAAAGUUUAAAAUCUUGCUCAAAUCUGUUAGUUAAAACUAUGCAGUAUUUCAGUAUUGUAAGGUCAAGGCUUGUUUAGAAAGAAGAAUAUACGAGGUCAAGGUUUAUAGGUGUAGAACUUUGAAAUCUUGACCUGACACAUCCCUGUAUCUUUUUAUGUAUCUAUACUUCCGGUCGUUUUUAUCGAUUGCGCACGGCGUCGGGAAUUUUUGCUCUUUUCUCUCGAAAUUUUACCAUCUUCUUCUAUAUAUCUAUAUACGUUCUGUCGCAUAAAAGAAUACGCCAUGGUGUUUGCGCUUGCGCAGUAUUACUGAGCGAUUGAUUUCGCUUGGGUUUUAACGCGGUCGUGACAUGGGGUAAGUUUUCCAUUAAAACAAGUUUGUCUCGAAUGAUUUUUGUGUUUCGUGUCGUUAGUUGAUCCUUCUUACGAGCAAAGUUAAUCAUCUUUGCGACACAUAAAAGUUUUACUAGCUCUUCUGUCUUGGAAAUUGACUUUUAUUUGGUGCGUCGUGUCGCAUACAAAAAGCGCCGCUGCAAUUGCGCCUGCGCAUAUAUACUAAACCAUUGAUUUCUGUGGAUUUAACGUGGCCCUGACAUGGGCAAAAAAAUAGAAAAUAUUGGUAGAAUGACGGCCAUGACGCAGGAAGAAAUUAUGGCUGGUGCCAGAAUUGUGGCCCAGGGUCUGGAAGCUCUCCGUGUAGAACAUGGAGGACUUCUUCAAGCUUUGCAGACCCAGGAUGCACCAGUCGCAAGAGACAAAGCUAGUUUAUUAUCAAAGAAUAUUGAGAUGAUAGAAUUAGGCCUUGGAGAGGCACAAGUUAUGAUGGCUCUUGCAAAUCAUUUACAAAUGGUAGAGGCUGAGAAACAAAAACUUAGAACACAAGUAAGAAGGUUGUGCCAAGAAAAUGCCUGGUUAAGAGAUGAAUUGGCUGGUACACAGCAAAAAUUGCAAGCCAGUGAACAAGCACUAGUCCAGUUGGAAGAACAAAAGAAACAUUUAGAUUUUAUGGAAAGCAUGAAGCAGUACGAUCCUGAUCCUUCCGCGGAUGAUGAGAAUGCUAAAGACAGACCGCCAGAUGAUCCUGUGGUUGAUCUAUUUCCCGAUGAUGAUGCGGACGACCGAAAUAGUAAGUCAAUAUCACCGACACCACCUUCACAAUUUGCACAACAAGUGAAUGCUGGAUACGAGAUACCUGCACGUUUGCGUACGCUGCACAAUUUGGUUAUACAGUACGCGAGCCAAGGCCGCUAUGAAGUAGCUGUUCCCUUAUGCAAGCAAGCAUUGGAGGAUUUGGAAAAAACUUCUGGUCACGAUCAUCCGGAUGUUGCCACAAUGUUGAACAUUCUUGCUUUAGUAUAUAGAGAUCAAAAUAAAUAUAAAGAAGCGGCGAAUUUGUUGAACGAUGCCUUGGCUAUUCGUGAAAAGACGCUUGGUGAAAAUCACCCUGCAGUCGCUGCUACGUUGAACAAUUUGGCUGUUUUAUAUGGAAAACGGGGCAAAUAUAAAGAGGCUGAGCCGUUGUGCAAACGUGCUCUCGAUAUUCGAGAGAAGGUUCUCGGUCGUGAUCAUCCUGAUGUCGCGAAGCAAUUGAACAAUCUUGCGUUACUGUGUCAGAAUCAGGGUAAAUACGAAGAGGUAGAACGCUAUUACUUGCGAGCGUUAGAAAUUUAUGAAGGUAAACUGGGACCGGAUGAUCCUAAUGUUGCAAAGACGAAAAAUAAUCUGGCAUCGUGUUACUUGAAGCAAGGAAAAUACAAGGAUGCUGAAGUUUUGUAUAAACAAGUAUUGACUAGAGCACACGAAAAAGAAUUUGGUGCUAUUGCCGGCGAUAACAAACCAAUUUGGCAGGUUGCGGAAGAAAGAGAAGAAAAUAAGCAUAGAAAUAAAGAGAAUACUCCAUAUGGAGAAUACGGAGGCUGGCAUAAAGCUGCUAAAGUGGAUUCUCCUACAGUUACAACUACCCUAAAAAAUCUUGGUGCGUUAUACAGAAGACAAGGAAAAUAUGAGGCUGCGGAAACAUUAGAAGAUUGUGCUCUUAGGUCACGAAAAGAGCAGACAUUGGAGUUCGUGAAGCAAGGAAAAGUUGCGCAGCUUUUAGGAGAAGAGAAAGGAUCGACGAGACGCGGCUCGCGAUCCAGUUUAGCUAAUAGCGAACACGAGCAACAUGACGAGGACCGGAAGUAUUAUGUUCGUGCGCAGUAAGGGAUACUACGUAAGAGAGCUAUACGCGAAACGAUACCGGCAGGAUAACACAAGGACUCUGCAUUGUUUAGUUGAAACAUUGUUCGAUGUCCAUUUUAUCCGAAUCGUUUUACGUAUAACAGCACAUUCCAGCUGCUUUUCUCGAUUAAUAAGAUGCAUCGUAAAAGAAGUACUUCAUGUUGCUGACGUUUUCAAUACGGGACGAUUUAAGACAUGCUAGCGACUGACUGUUUUUGAAAUAGCAAACAAGGAAAAGAAACAUGGAAUAUAAGGCGAAUUGGUCUAUCUUGCUUUGAGAAUGUUAUCUGAAUCAAAAAUCGUAUUCAAGCCAAUCAUUUUUCCUUUUUUUUUCUUUUCUUUUCGCGUUUCUAGACUUUUCAACGGAAGAGCAGAAGAUAUUCAUCGCUGCAAACAAUUAUAUUGACCUAAAAAGAAAAAAAAAAAUUGUCGUGUAUUCGAUUCUUUCUUUGCAUUCGUAUAGUAUAUGCUAUGAAUCCAUAUUGGCAUCUACAUGCAUCUAAUCAGGUCGUAUACAUAUCCUUUUCGUUGGUUCGUUAUACCAUAAUUGAAGUAACGUGACAAUGUGUAAUCAUUCCACGAGUUCUAGCUUCUCUCUAUCAAAGUUCGAUAAGAAUCAGACGAAAAAAAAAGCAUUCACAUUUAAACAUAGAAGGAACAUUUGUAUGUCGCUUAGCAUUAUUGAAUGUAUUCCUACACAUCAUACACAGAGAGACACACAUACACCGUGCACGUUAGAAUAAUGCGAGUAUAUUCAUCGUCAUAUUAAAAGAGUGUAACAAGCUAGAAGGGGGAGAACUGCGCUUUCCCUUUCAUUUUUGUCUCUCGGAAUUUAUUUAUGCGGAGAAUUAACAACGUAUAAACGUAAAAUAUUGGAAAAGAUUCAUCAUUUUCCGGCCACGUUGAUUUCUCUGCCCUAUUUAUAAUUGUACAUUUAAGUACUUAUAAUAUUAACGUAUUUGCAAAUAUUUAAUUUAUUCUCUCUGCGUUCGAUCCGUUGUUUAAACGACGAUACAGCAGUAUAUACGACGAUCAGUGCAAGCAUGAUGGUUAUUAUACAUAUAUUGUAUUAUAAGAUCGUAAUUAUUUAAAUUAUUUUGAAGAGAAAGAAAGGAAAAUUUCAUUCUUUUCUUUUUUUCUGUAGUCACUUUUAUUAAAACGCGCAAAACUUCGUCUUUUGACAAAUUUGUAUAUUCCGCUUUAAACAUCGUAUGCUUUUAAAAGCCAAGAAUCAUAUUGUAACCGGCUGUGAAUUAAAAACUGAGUCUGAAAUUAUUUGAUCGUUUGAACAGUUACGACGACGCAGAAUGAUGAUCGUUUGAAUUAGUCGAGUCCUUAGUAGAUUUUAUCUUUGUUCAAGUUAAAGAUCUCACGUUUCUGUUUCAAACGUAAUAUUGCUGAUUUAUACUGUCUAAUACAUUCAGUUAUUAUGGUGAUACGGUUUGUUCUAACACCACUCGUUGAAUACAAGCAUGGAAAUCAUUAUUGCAAUAAUAAUUAAUAAUUAAUUAACGUUGUAAUUAUAAUUGCUUCCAUAGCACAGUUGUGGAUGGAAAGCAAUUAUAAUUGUGCUUAGAAAUAUUAUGACUGAAAGUAGCGAGAGUAAUCUGUUAUGAAAUAUUUCCAUUAUUGCUUGAUAACAACGAAUGAAAUAAUCUUGCAGAAUGUUACCGAUUAAUUAUUAUUAUAUAAUACUUGUUGUAUUAGAAUAACGAAACAAAAUGAAGGAAAAAAGUAACUUUUUACAAUGGCUGCUUGCUUGUUCAAUAUUCUUAAAUUAUAUUCACACGUAUAUGUUGAAUAAUUAAGAAAAAAUUUAAAAAAAGAAAAAAAAAAUCUUUUGAAAUAGAAAAAAAAAAUUCGCUUAUGAGCAAAAAUAUAUGUAACGUGAGUUCCAUUGGACUGGCCUAGUUCAAAAGAUUUAAGAUUGCACCUCGAAAUACCGGUGUAUAUUAAUCAUUUACAGUCGUAGCGACGAUGAUGGUUCGUUUUCGAUUACGUGCAAUUGCCGAUCGCGAGGCGAGGUUUCAUUUUUUAUUCGAGACUACGGACUACAAUCUCGGUAUUUAGUUUUGCGUCCAUCGAUGAUGAUUCUUAGUCGUUUUUAAAUAAUCAUUUUUCCCCUCUAGCGUUAAUUUUUCUUCAUUCUCAUAGUACAUGUUUUUAUUUGAUUUUCAUGUGUGCUCUCAUUACCCUGAAAAAAACAUGCAUUUAUUGAUAUACGCUAUCAUAUUCUGCGCCUGAGAGCUUGAAGGCCUAGAAUUAGUAGUUUUAUAUUCAGCUUUAUAUUUUAUGUUUUCUUUUUAUAAUUGUCUCUAACAGAGAAAGAAAUUCUAUUUUUUCUUUUCUAUAUUUUAAUUAGCACUAAAUAUAGCGCAUUUAAAAAAUAAUAUUUCUACAAUAUCAAAUUCUGAAUUUUAUGAAUGAAGUUUUUAAGUGCAAUCAAUGUGCAAUUAAGAUUCUUUAUAUGAAUAUUGCACUUUAUAUAUGUAUAUAUAUCACUUUAAUUUUUAUUUUAAUUUUUGAACAAGAAAUAAUUAUAUUAGUAGCGAUGUAUAAUACGAAUUUUUUAAUGUAUUAUGAUGUUUGGUAAACAAAUUUUAAAUAUUUGUUUAGUAAAUUUUUAUUGGAGAUUUAUUUUUAAUUUAACGCAUAUAUCUUUGAGAAAGUAACAAAAGAAAUACGUGUAAUCUUUUAAUUACUUAUCUUAUACUUUUAUUAUUUAUUAGAUAUUUUAAUAAUUUUGUAGUAUAAAAGAGAUUUUAUUAUUUUCUUUUUUUAUUUUUACUUUCAUGAAAUUUAUCUUUUUAUCCUAAGUGACAUUAAAUAUAGAGCACAGUUGAUGAACGAUCUACUUUGUAAUCAAGAAAUAUACAUGAAAGAGAAAUACUAGAAAUAAGAUUUUUAAUAUUUUAUUUAUCGUUUAAAGUAGUUGCUUUUUUCUGUCUAAAAUAUUUAAGGUAUUGUAGCUCUCAGGUGCAAGUACUGUUAUUUAAAUAAUAUGUAAGUUUUGAUUUAUAAUAAAUAUUUCCACUUGUAAUUCCCUUUUGUUCAUCUGCCUCCUUCGCGUGAAAAGCAUGCAAAUAUUUUUUAUUGCAAAGAAUAUUUCAAAAAUAUGCAUUUUUAAGCAGUGUUGUAAUCGUGUUUUAGAAUUUUAUUAAAAUUUCGUUGCUAAUAAAUUUUAGUUUGUUUUCUCUGA